AUGCUAAAGGUACAAGAGCAAAAGCAAGUUCCACUGGACCUUUCAUAUGAGGUGGUCAAGACAGAUACGGUAACAACAGGCGAUAAAGGGAAGCCAAGACCACCCAUUAUCAUACUGCACGGCCUAUUCGGUAACAAACUCAACAACCGAAGCAUUGGCCGAAACCUUAACAACAAAUUGGGAAGAGACGUGUACCUGUUAGACCUAAGAAACCAUGGGACCUCACCGCACAGUUCAAUACACAACUAUGCCGCGAUGUCGGAAGACGUGAAGCACUUCAUCGCAAAACACAAAUUAAACACCGAUGGAGGACCUAUCAUAGUAGGUCACUCAAUGGGUGGUAAAGUCGCUAUGAUGCUGGUCUUGAAGAACCCGCAAUUGUGUUCGAUGUUAGUCUGUAUAGAGAACGCCCCAGUCAGUCUACGCCCUAACGCUGAGUUUGUCGAGUACAUCAGAGCGCUGAUGGAAAUCGUCAACGACAAAGGCAAAACCAUCCAAACACUAAAACAGGCCGAUGAACGCCUUGCGGAAAGAAUUAGCGGCAAUGAGCUAGUUAGGCGGUUUCUUCUGACGACGUUGAAAAGGGUUAAGAUCGACAAUCCGUCGUCUGCAUCGUCAUAUACGUUCGAAGAACGAAUUCCUCUCGAGACCCUGAAAGAUGCUAUCGUCAAGGGUGAGAUAGCCGCCUGGCCUCUGGAUCCUGUUCGUGAGCGAUGGACGCGACCUGCGCUAUUCAUCAGGGCUACCCAGUCGCAUUAUGUGGUCGACGAGUAUCUUCCGAUCAUCGGCGCGUUCUUCCCGCGCUUUGAAACACGUGAUAUCGAUGCGGGUCACUGGGUAAAUGCGGAGAAGCCCGGGGAAUGUGCCGAAAGCAUCGUCAACUUUGUGGAGCGGCACGAGGACUAA